CUCUCAUUACACGGUCGCAUGCUCCCCACGUCUUGACUCGAAUGUGAUUCCGGGACGCUGCUGUGAUCCUCGCGUUGAUGGUUGACCUAGUCGCGUCUGUUUUUGCCGUCCGUUGAGUGCCCCAGGGUAUGAGGCCACCGUCAAGAUGGGUGUUAUGGGACAUCACUUCACGGACGUGUUCAAGGACGACAAGUAUUUCCAAUUGCGCCUCGUACCCUUCUAUGUGGUCUGGUUUCUGUUCGGUAUUGUGCUCAUAGCAUGGCUUUUCAUAACCCUAUUCGUUCCCAAUCCCAGGAAACCACGCCCCGCAGAGAAGACAUUCACAACAGUUGACAAGACCGGCGACGUAACAGAUCCCGAACCCCUACCGUGCUGGUACGACGACAUUCUCCGGAAAUACGCCAAAGCCAAGUCCGAAGGCAAGGAGAUCGAGCAGCUGGAGCAAGAGAUCGACCCGGCCGAGUUAUUCAUGACGGUCGUCGUACCUGCAUUCAAUGAGGAGGACAGACUCACUGGCAUGCUGGAAGAGGCGGUCAAUUACCUAGAAACAGAGUACGGAACGACAGAAGCGAGUAAGCAGGGAGAAGACACAACAGAGAACUCAACAACACGGCGGCGGAAAGCGAAAGUGAACGCGAACGCGAAUGGCAACGCAAACAAGAAACCAGGUCUCCGGGGCUGGGAAAUCCUGCUGGUCAACGACGGCUCAACAGACAAUACGAUCCUCACAGCGCAGACAUUCUCGCGCAACCAUAUCCUAGCCAAACAACCACGCCGUGCCUCGGGACCCUGGACACACCGCAGCGAUCAGGGCGUCAAGAUUCCACCGGGCGCAGUCCGCAUGAUCACCCUCGAAGAGAACCGCGGCAAAGGAGGCGCCGUGACACAUGGCAUGCGCCACGCCCGAGGCCAGUACGUGGUAUUCGCCGACGCGGACGGCGCCUCUAAAUUCACGGACCUAGACAAAUUAGUCUCGGCAUGCGAGGAGGUCGAAGACGAUCUAGGCCGUGGUGUGGCAGUGGGUUCUCGCGCGCAUUUAGUCGGGAGCGAGGCCGUGGUUAAACGUUCCAAGUUGCGCAAUUUCCUGAUGCACUCGUUUCAUUUACUCCUCAAACUCAUGACGCCGCCUCAGACCGCGAGGAUCAAGGAUACGCAGUGCGGGUUCAAGUUGUUCUCGCGCGCUACGCUGCCGUAUAUCAUACCGCAUAUGCAUAUGGAUGGGUGGAUUUUUGACGUCGAGAUGUUGAUGCUCGCUGAGUUCGCAGGGAUUCCGGUGGCUGAGGUUCCAAUUGGAUGGCGGGAGGUGGUGGGAAGUAAGUUGAAUGUUAUCAAGGAUAGUAUUGGGAUGGCUUGGGGACUGGCGAUCUUGAGGAUAUGCUGGGGGACGGGGAUAUAUAGACGAUAAGCCCCCUACGAAGAAUGUCGUGGUUGAUGUGGAUGUGUCAUGAACACACAGCCGAGCAUUUGAGAACCACUGGCAUCGGGCAUGAUGAUAUGGCGUUAGGCAGGAAUGGAUGAAAAGCUCUUAUAGACGGACGGGUUGGCUUCUUGACAGAUGCUGGAUGGAUGUGAAUUGCUCGAUGGGACGGCAACGUGGAAAAGGUCAUUCAUAAUGGAGA